AUGGAAGAUCAUCGCCGGCAGAAGCCCAAUUCCACUGUCGAUAUAUUUACUUUUCCGGCGAUGCCACGGGACAUGGAAUCUGAGUCAGAGUUAGCCGAUCAGUUGUUCUCCAAUGGCAAACUCCUUCUUCACGCUUUCCCUGUGCAACCCACGAAUUGUAUCAUUCCAAGAUCCAUGAUUUUGAGUCGAACAAGCAGUAUCAGCAGCAAGGGUUCGUUGAUGUCUUCUCGGAGUAAUAGCACAAACAGUCGGAGCAGUAGCAGUAACAGCAGUUGCAGCAGUGCACGAACAAGCACUAGCGAAGGUUCUUCUCGGAGGAAAUUACAAACAAUCGAUCAAUCCAGAUCUGUUGCAAUCAAAACGACAAACACCGGGACUAGAUUUCCUAAAAAGGAUUGUCAAACUCGAUAUUACUGUAAUGGUUAUGGCAAUUCUCAGAGGUGGCAGUUUAUGGCGCCGGUACCGGUGUUGAACCGCCGGAAUUCUUUAAAGAAGAGGAAGGGGGGAAAGGGGAAGAGAGAUGGUGGCGUUAGGAAGGGUUUUUGCCGGAGGUUUUUUGGGUGGCUUGUGUCGACAUGCCAAGAGUGUCAUGCGAUUGAACCUUCUAAGAGAUUGAAAGUGAGUAUGUGA